AUGGCGUAUCUGCGUGGCUUCACAUUGACGUAUCCCUUGCUCUGGCUGACAACAUCAACUAUCACAAGAUGCGCAGCUGAUACCGGUAAUUCACCGGGUUUGCCGAUGGUCAUAAACACAUGGGGCGGUCCCUUUACUGCAGCGACAGACGCAGCAUACCUAGCUCUGCUAGAGUCCGAGACAUCGGCGCUCGAUGCUGUUGAGAUCGGCUGUUCUACGUGUGAAGCCAAUCAAUGCGAUGGUAGCGUCGGAUACGGAGGCUCUCCCGACGAAAACUGUGAGACAACUCUCGACGCCAUGAUCAUGGACGGGACCACCAUGAAAUCCGGUGCCGUCGCCGCUCUCCGGCGCAUCAAAGACGCCAUCUCGGUGGCGCGCGCCGUGCUAGAGCACACGACGCACACCCUACUCGCGGGCGACUUCGCGACGGACUUCGCCAUCGCCAACGGCUUCGUCGCGCAAAACCUGACCACCGAAGCCUCAGCCGCGUCGUGCGCGCAGUGGAAGGCCGGCGGGUGUCAGCCGAACUACCGCAUCAACGUCACGCCUGACCCUGCUCAGUCUUGCGGCCCUUACGCGCCGACGAGCUUAAACUCGAGCUCGAGCUCCGCAGCAGCAGCUUACCAGUCGCGGGGCAGCCCAGAAGGCCACGACACCAUCUCCAUGAUCGCCCUGCACUCCUCCGGCGUCAUGGCAGCCGGCACCUCGACCAACGGCGCCGGGCGCAAGGUUCCCGGGCGCGUGGGCGACGGCCCCAUCACGGGCAGCGGAUCCUACGUCGACGGCGACGUCGGCGGGUGCGGCGCCACCGGUGAUGGAGACAUCAUGAUGCGCUUCCUCCCCUGCUACCAGGCGGUCGAGAACCUGCGGCUUGGCAUGAGUCCCCAAAGUGCGGCCGAGGACGCGGUGCGCCGGAUGCUGAGGAAGUACCCCGAUGUGCAGAGCGGGAUUGUGGUGGUGGAUAAUGAGGGAGCGCAUGGUGGCGCGGGGAGUGGCUGGACGUUCACGUAUGCGUAUCGGGGUGGGGGGAUGGGGGAGACGGUUGUGGUGAGUGUGCCGCCGAUCGCGGGUUAG